AUGGCCUAUCCCCUUCAACUAGGAUUUCAAGAUGCAACCUCCCCUAUUAUGGAAGAACUAUUACAUUUUCAUGAUCACACCUUAAUAAUUGUUUUCCUCAUUAGCUCUCUAGUCCUUUACAUUAUUUCAACAAUGCUUACUACAAAAUUAACGCAUACUAAUACUAUAGAUGCUCAAGAAGUAGAAACUAUCUGAACAAUCUUACCAGCUAUUAUUCUUAUCCUUAUUGCCCUUCCCUCAUUACGCAUUCUAUAUAUGAUAGACGAAAUUAAUAAUCCAAAUUUAACCAUCAAAACACUAGGUCAUCAAUGAUAUUGAAGCUAUGAAUAUAGCGAUUAUGAAGAUUUAUCAUUUGACUCCUAUAUGAUCCCAACUCAAGAUCUACUCCCAGGACAACUCCGCUUAUUAGAAGUAGAUAAUCACCUAGUCCUCCCUAUUGAGCUCCCAAUUCGAAUAUUAAUCUCGUCCGAGGACGUUCUACACUCAUGAGCCUUACCUUCAAUAGGAUUAAAAACAGAUGCUAUUCCAGGUCGGCUUAACCAAGCCACAAUUACAUCAACCCGCCCAGGCUUAUUUUAUGGACAGUGUUCAGAAAUUUGCGGAUCAAAUCAUAGUUUCAUACCCAUUGUUCUUGAAAUAGUUCCCCUAAAAUAUUUCGAAAACUGAACUUCUUCGAUAAUGUCAACUUCAUAA